UUUUCCAUUUUCUCAGUGCUAGAAAAAGAGUGAGAAAGAAAACGUAGAAUGAAAGAUGCUGGGUCUGAGUGUAGUGUUAGAAGCACAGAAAGGUAAUGCUAGCAAGAAAACUCCACAAGUGAUUAGCAAAACGACGGUGCUUAGCAGCAUGAACAAACACUCUCCUUCUGCAGUGAACGCUUCUCAGCACUCUCCAACGUUUCUACAUCAAUGUUUUCUCUGCAGAAAGAGACUCUUACCUGGGAAAGACAUCUACAUGUACAAAGGGGACAGGGCCUUCUGCAGCGUCGAGUGCAGGUGCAAACAGAUUUUCAUGGAUGAGGAAGAGAGUUUUGAGAAAGAUAAGUUUUUUUUGACUGCCAUGAGUCCCACAUCGUCUGCUUCUUCUUCCUCACAAGCUCGUGCUCAUGAGAAGGGAGGAAGAAUUUGAGUCGGUGGUUUUUGCUUAUAGAUGAAUGAAUGAACGAAUGGAUGAAGUGAUGGAUGACCUAGCCAUGGUGGAAUAGAGAGAAAAUAGUGGUUGACCAAAAAUGGGGGAAUUUUUUUUUUCUUUUUGUGUUUUUGUUUUUUAGCUAGGUUCCUGUUUUACCCAUGCUUGUGUUGUAGUAAUAACUUCCAAGUUUUUGUCCUUUUGCUUCCUAGUAUGAAGCCAAAAUGUCCUUUCAACUUUAUGUGGCUCCAUUCUCCAACCUGUUUGGUUUCAACCGUACGUGUGAUCCAAAAUAUUAAUGUUU